UUCGAAUGACAACUAGGGUAGUAAGGCAAAACAGCAUUUUGACGAAGUUCUUACGUUUAUAUAUGUUGAGUUUGAAUACUUUCGGGGGUAUUUCGAAGUUGAAAACAUGGUGGCAAUGUGACACAAACGCUAGGUUCUUGAAGCAAGUCAUUAAGCUUGGAUUCGAAGAAGACAGAAUAUGGAUUUAUCAAAACUUGUCCUAGAUACAGUGAGGGAUGGGGACCAUGUUGGCUUCAGGACUUUGAUGGCCAUGGGAGCUGAUGUAAACAGGACAUAUGAGGGCUUUUCUCCCCUUCAUGUGGCCUGCUUUACUGGAAGGUCAGCCUUUGUGGAAGAGAUUAUUAAACAUGGAGGCGAUGUGGAGUUUGAGGUGGCUGAGUGCAGGGACAGAGAGAGCACGGACUGGGACACAUUCACAGAGUGGACUCCGCUCUGUAUCGCGGCCUGGCUGGGGCUGGAGGAGAUUGUUACUAUACUUAUCAAUCACAAUGUGAAUGUAGAGAGUGUGGAUCGCGUGGGAAAAACAGCCUUAAUAUUGGCCUGUGAAAAAGGCCAUUUGACUGUUAUUAAAUCGCUGAUCAAGCAUGGGGCAGCAUUUGUAAGAUGUGGAAGCUAUGUGCCGUUAUUCACUGCUGCCUCAAAGGGACAUGUGGGUGUAAUUGAAGAGAUCUUACAGGCUGGGGUGCCCCUGAAUUUGACUGACAGUAAGCAGUGGAACAUGCUGCAUUACGCUGCCAUGAAUGGACAAGCAGGCACUGUGCAGUAUCUGAUGAGCAAACAGUGUCCGGUGUUAAAGAGUAGCAAUGGUGUCACACCGGCCUUCCUAGCGGCUAUGUAUGGCCAUCUUGCAGUUCUACAGGUGUUCAGCGAAGUACACAGGAGCGGUAACCUAGUCAGGGCCAGUAACUCUGACAGUGAAUCUCCUCUCCAUAUGGCAUGCAAAAAUGGCCACCUGGAAGUGGUGCAGUUCCUCUUACAGAUAGGAUGCGAUAUGAACCAGGGUAACUGGACAGGCCACACACCUCUGUGUUAUGCGGUCAGACACGGUCACUAUGACAUUGUGGAAUUAUUGGUCAACAGUGGCUGUGACACAAACAUACCUAAGAUUCCAUACCUGCCCCCAAUAUUCCAGGCUCGCCACAACCUUGACAUGGUCAAGACUCUGGUCAAAGGUGGGGCAGAUGUAAAUGUGGUCGACACAGCUGAUGGCAGCCUGCUCAUGUAUGCUGCAGGACAAAGAGAGGCACGAGGAUUGGACUUGUUGGCAUUUCUGCUGGAGAGUGGGGCCUGGGUGGACCAGCAGUGUUUUUGGGGAGAGACUGCUCUGUUCAAAGCCAUUGUCUCCUCAAACCUGAAGGCCAUGAAACUGUUGAUCCAGUUUGGCAGUAACAUCAACAUUCGAAAUGCCAGGGCCUUGACCCCCUUACAAGUGGCUGUGGGCAGAGGUUACACAGAAGGUGUACAGUUACUUGUCAAAUCUGGAGUCAAUGUUCACCAGAAAGCUGCCUUCUCCAAGGUAACCAUUCUGGAAUAUGCUUUGUGUCGUGCAGCCGAGCCCAAUCUCUGUCGUCUUCUGCGGUCCUCCGGGGCAGUGAUCAGACCCAGCUUUUAUAGCAGAUACUUUCAGUGCUUUGAUCGAGAAAUCAAAGAUGCUGAAUCCAUGGCAGGUACAGCACAGUCAUCCCACCCUCAUGAUCGUCCACUGAGUGACUUUAUUCGUGGUCAUUUGCACAGCUCGACAGGAAAGAGAACUCUGAACAAAAUUGUUACCACCUAUCAGCAUUUGAUAUCUUCCGAGUUCCUUGGACCAAUCAGUCUUCAGGAUCGACUGCGUAACUGCAUUCGUCAACUCGUUCAGUAUGAUGACUCAAACAUUAGGUGUCUGCCUAUACCCCCAUUACUCAAACAUUUUUUACUGUAUGAAGAUACCAGCAUUCAAUUUAAAUUUGCCACACAAAUGUGAUAGUUGUUAACCCUUAUUUUUUUCACUAUACUCGAUAUAGUCAAAAGUUGUUCAGUAUUUUGUUAUUUAUGAUUAUACCCAUUGUUCCAAAUCCUGUGACAUUUGCUUAUUAUUCCUUUCUGACAAGGUUCCGUACUUGUUUGUCAUAUCCUUGUUCCUUCUCUAAUAAUCCUGCUGCUGUGGUUGAAAACAAAACAUUUUGACUGGUUUGUACAUUUGUUGAAAGCUGACUGCAAUUCACCAUAAAUGUCUUUGUACAUACAUGUAUGUAGUCAAAAAUGUGAGCUUUACAUUUCAAACAAAAUAUUCCAUUAUCACAUUUUAGCACAUAAUUCAAGGUCGUUAAUUGACUGUACUAUUCUUUGUAUAGAAAUAAGUUGCUUGGGCACUCAAGACACUGGCUUAAACUCAGCCUGGGACAGAGAAUGUGACUCUUCUGUUCACUGCAUUGUUGGUGGCAAUGCAGACAAGAGCACUCAGUGCCUGUGGCUCAUUUAGAUAGUCUUUCUGGAAAUUUAUUUCAGUCAACUUUCCUCUCACCAAUAUACCAUACACAUUGAGCUUGCAUACGCACUGAGCUUGCUCAAUGGGUGAAUAUCUUUGCAGCACUUGCAGGAAGUUUGUCAAUUACAUGGACCUUAUGAAAGGCCGAACAUUGGUAUUGUGCACUGCAGUUCCCACAAGGAUAAAACUCGCUGCUGUCGUGUAUGAGAAAUGUUCUUCACUACAUGUAUGCGUUGAAAGACCAACCAGUCAGUCAGUCUUUGCGCUGCCUGUUAAUGAAACAGAUGUUGCUGCCAGUAUUUUACAGAAUCAGAUAUAACCUAUAACAAUGAUUGGAACUUUGAUGUUAAUGUAAUUUCAUUCUGCAUAAAUUAUGCAAAAACUCAGGAUUUAAAUUGAAUAGAUAUGUAUUCGUAGCAGAUUUAUACAGUGUAGGAGACACUAGGAAAUUGAAACAGUUAAGAUAUAAAUGAGACAACUUUGUGGAUUAUAUUUGUACAUGAAGUACUGUAUUUGCUAUAAUAUAAUUUGCUAUCAGAUAUAAUUCAUCAAAUAUACAGAUUUGAUGAACCUGCCAUCUAUAGGUAUGUUAUAGAAAAAAGGCAUGAAUUGUGAUAUGUUCUGUACCAACUGCCUGGUAAAUGAUGUAGGUUGGUGUACCAUUGUUUUCAUGUUGUAAUUAUGCUUAGGCUAUACACUGAGAAGAAAAAAAAAUAUUAUGCAUUUACGU